AUGGGGUCCGGGCGCUCUACCUGUAGGCGCCCUCUUAGGACCGGUGCCCCAGAAAGCGGGGGCUGGGGCCGUUCUCCUCCGCGGGAGAGUGGCACCGAGGUUGGGCGUUGGGGUGUGUGGCCGCCCUCGGAGCACACGAAGCCGCGAGCCGACGGCCUCGAGGCGUCCCCGUCCAGGCGCAGGCUGGAGCGCAUGCGGCUGACCCUCGAGGAGCCCACGUCGUCGCUGGCCGCCCAGAUCCUGGCCAGCGUGUCGGUCGUGUUCGUGAUCGUGUCCAUGGUGGUGCUGUGCGCCAGCACACUGCCCGAUUGGCGCGCCGCCGCGGCCGACAACCGCAGCCUGGAUGACCGGAGCAGGAUAAUUGAAGCUAUCUGCAUAGGUUGGUUCACGGCAGAGUGCAUCGUGAGGUUCAUCAUCUCCAAAAACAAGUGUGAGUUUGUCAAGAGACCCCUGAACAUCAUUGACUUACUGGCAAUCACGCCGUAUUACAUCUCCGUGUUGAUGACAGUAUUUACAGGCGAGAACUCUCAGCUCCAGAGGGCCGGGGUCACCUUGAGGGUGCUUAGAAUGAUGAGGAUUUUUUGGGUGAUUAAGCUUGCCCGUCACUUCAUUGGUCUUCAGACACUGGGUUUGACUCUCAAACGAUGCUACCGAGAGAUGGUUAUGCUACUUGUCUUCAUUUGUGUUGCCAUGGCAAUCUUCAGUGCACUUUCUCAGCUUCUUGAACAUGGGUUGGACCUGGAAGCAUCCAACAAGGACUUCGCCAGCAUCCCUGCUGCCUGCUGGUGGGUGAUUAUCUCUAUGACUACAGUUGGCUAUGGAGAUAUGUAUCCUAUCACAAUGCCUGGAAGAAUUCUUGGAGGAGUUUGUGUUGUCAGUGGAAUUGUUCUGUUGGCAUUGCCUAUCACUUUCAUCUACCAUAGCUUUGUGCAGUGUUAUCAUGAGCUCAAAUUUAGAUCAGCUAGAUAUAGUAGGAGCCUCUCCACGGAGUUCCUAAAUUAAUGCAUUGCAAAUCAAGUCUCGCAUACACCUUGUUUGUUAGAAAGACUUACUGCUACUUCAUAUUCAUGUGUUUCUUGCUCGGUGAGCACUGCAGUGUGGUACUGUCAUCAUCUUGGUAGGGUAAGAAUUAUCCUUCCCAGAUGAAGGGAUAAAGCAAUUUACUUAUUAUGGAGUAAACAAGAUUGAGACUGCAAAGGAAAAGCAAUGAUUUCUAGAGUUAAUUUUAAUAUCUUAUUUUAUUUAGACUUGUUUCCUACUCCUUGCCUUGAACAAUGACACUUUUUUUUUGUUUUGAAGUAUAUUAUUUGAACAUUUUAAAAUGGAAAGCUACUAUUGUCCAAAUGUUUUUCUAUCUUAUGAAUUUAGAAGAGUCUUGGAAGUUAUGGUGUUUUUUGUUGGAGAGUAACAUUUUCGUUUCUAAAUGUUUUAUAAUCUCUCAUAUCAAUGUCAGAAGUAUCCUGGAAACAUAUGUCACAUGCAAGAACUGUUUAACAAAUACUUACAAAAUUUGGCUGAAUUUAAACUGUAUGACGGAGCUAGAUACAAGCAAGAAUAGUAUUUGGAAAACUUUUCCAGCAUUUCUCAAUUCUCGGAUUUAUUUUUGUUCCUAUUAUUCACUUUAUCAUGCAGCUUCAUGGAAGCUUGAGUAUGCCCUUACUUUUUCAUUCCAGGUUUCUUUUAUCUCUUUGCUGAAAGGACUCAAACAAGUAUUUUAGAAUGAAGAGAGCUUGUAUUAUUUAGUAUUUUAUUGGAGUUUAUUGUAUUUGAAUUCAUUGCUGUUACUAGGUGAUAAUUGUCCUAACAUUCAGAUGUCCAAACAAGAUUUCCACAUAAGAAAUAAUAGAAGUGGUUUGAUAUUACAACCCAUAUUUUUCUUCUUCUGCUUUUUUCCCCCCACCUAAACAACAUGGGUUUAAGUCUUACCAGGUGAAAGGAUUUUUAUAUAUACCAAAGUCAUACUUAGAUGUUAUCACUGGAUUAACAUAAAAAGAGAAAUGAAAUAUUUUCUUACUCUUGGUUGCUGUGUAGCUAAGCCAUUUUAAGCCAGCUGAGAGCAAUGAAUACAUACUCAUUUGAUCUGAUCUUCACCAUCAUAAAUUAUGACCACACCAAAGCUUCUUGCAAUAAUACUGAAUAAUAUGCCACAUUAAUUUGGCUAGAUUAUUAGGCCUAGAUGUAAAACUGAUGACUGUUUAGUGCUAAACUCUAGCAAAGUGAAUUAAGAUUUUUGCUUUGUUAACCAG